GCUUAACCUGCCAGCACGUGAGCCAGGCAGUGGAUGUGCAUCAUGUGAAGAGAGCAGUAUCUCAGAGUGUUUGGUCAAUAUGCGCAGAAUGUCUGAAGGAGAGGCGGAUGAGUGAUGGUGAGCCCGUGGCACCUUCAGACAUAUGGCUGUGUCUCAAAUGUGGCUCUCAGGGAUGUAGUAAGAACUCGGAGGGCCAGCAUUCUCUGAAACACUUCCAAAUGGCGCACGCAGAACCUCACUGCAUUGUUAUCAACCUCAGCACGUGGAUCAUAUGGUGUUAUGAAUGUGAUGAAGAGCUGUCAACACAUUGCAACAAAAAGGUUUUGGCUCAGAUAGUUGACUUUCUUCAGAAACAUGGUUCCAGGGCUGAACCAAGUUCAUCAAAAAUCAUACGGGUCCGUGAAGAAAACAGUGAAACCAGUGAAAUACUGAAAGGAAAAAGUUCUGGUAAUGGUGCAUCUGUUCCAGUCAAAGGAAUAAAUAAUUUAGGAAACACGUGCUUUUUUAAUGCUGUCAUGCAGGUAAGAUGGAAAGAUCACACAGCUUUCUUUUCUUAG